AAGCUUUAUUAAUCCUCAAAUCCAUCACACCCCAGAUCCUAAAAUCCUCAAAAAAAACGAAAAAAACACAAAAUCAUCGAACUCAAAAAAAUCAAGAAUCAUGGGUCAAGGAACACCAGGUGGGAUGAACAACCGACAAUCCGACAACAAUAAAUCAAACGAAAACAACAAAAAAGAUAAAAAGUUCGAACCAGCAGCGCCACCAGCACGUGUGGGCAGAAAACAGAGGAAACAGAAAGGCCCAGAAGCAGCAGCAAGAUUACCAACAGUUACCCCACAUUCUAAAUGCAAAUUAAGGUUGUUAAAACUGGAAAGAAUUAAGGAUUAUUUAUUAAUGGAAGAAGAAUUUGUUGCAAAUCAAGAAAGAUUGAAACCUCAAGAAGAGAAAACUGAAGAGGAUAGAAGUAAAGUUGAUGACUUGAGAGGAAGUCCAAUGAGUGUUGGGAAUUUGGAGGAGUUGAUUGAUGAGAAUCAUGCGAUUGUUUCGAGUUCGGUCGGACCCGAAUAUUAUGUUGGGAUCUUAUCUUUUGUUGAUAAAGAUCAGUUGGAACCUGGGUGUGCUAUUUUGAUGCAUAAUAAGGUUCUUUCUGUUGUUGGGCUUCUUCAAGACGAUGUGGACCCAAUGGUAUCUGUGAUGAAGGUUGAGAAGGCUCCUUUGGAGUCUUAUGCGGAUAUUGGUGGGCUAGAUGCUCAGAUACAAGAAAUCAAGGAGGCAGUGGAGCUCCCUCUGACUCACCCUGAGUUAUACGAGGAUAUUGGUAUCAAACCUCCAAAGGGAGUUAUACUUUAUGGAGAGCCAGGAACUGGCAAGACCUUGCUCGCAAAGGCAGUGGCAAACUCCACAUCAGCAACGUUCUUACGUGUUGUUGGAAGUGAGUUGAUUCAAAAGUAUCUGGGGGAUGGUCCUAAGUUGGUCAGGGAACUUUUCAGAGUUGCUGAUGACCUAUCACCAUCUAUCGUCUUUAUUGAUGAAAUUGAUGCUGUUGGUACAAAGAGAUAUGAUGCACAUUCAGGUGGUGAACGUGAAAUUCAGAGGACUAUGCUUGAGCUCUUGAAUCAGCUGGAUGGUUUUGAUUCGAGAGGUGAUGUUAAAGUGAUACUUGCAACUAAUAAGAUUGAAAGUCUUGAUCCAGCAUUGCUUCGACCUGGCCGUAUUGAUAGGAAGAUAGAGUUCCCACUUCCUGACAUCAAAACAAGGAGGCGCAUAUUCCAGAUACACACAUCUAGAAUGACCUUAGCUGAUGACGUGAACUUGGAAGAAUUCGUUAUGACAAAAGACGAGUUUUCUGGGGCUGAUAUCAAGGCUAUCUGCACUGAAGCUGGAUUGCUUGCUCUGCGAGAACGCCGGAUGAAGGUGACCCAUCCAGAUUUUAAGAAGGCGAAGGACAAGGUCAUGUUCAAGAAGAAGGAAGGUGUACCGGAAGGGCUCUAUAUGUGAAAACCCUCUUCCUAUUUGGACACAUACUCCAUCUGUCCCUUUGUUUUUUUCACUAGCUUCAUCCAGACUUCCUUUAGCGUCGGUUUGGAUGCUAUGUUUUGUAUGUUAAUGUUCAACUAUGUUACUAUUUAUUUUUUCCGUUGACAGUGGAUUUCACUUCUGUACUCUUUUUAUAAGGUUAACUUUUGCCAAGUUCAUGUUAUUAUUGUAA